CCGGCGAGGUCGGUUCCGCCCGACUCUGACAUGGCGGCGCCCUUUGUCUGCUCUGAAGUGCCGUCCCCGGCCUCCUCGCGGCCGUGAUGCACCUCUUUCAGCGGUGGGGUCCGGGACAUGGCAGGUAAUGAGUGGGAGGAGGAGAGCCAAGCUGGAGUUUACCCAAACUGUCAGGCAAGAGUAGCCUGGGCUACUUGGAAAUCGGAGCCAUGGAUUUUCCCCAGCACAGCCAGCACGUCCUGGAGCAGCUGAACCAGCAGCGGCAGCUGGGGCUUUUGUGUGACUGCACUUUUGUGGUGGACGGUGUCGAUUUUAAGGCCCACAAAGCAGUGCUGGCGGCCUGCAGCGAGUACUUCAAGAUGCUCUUCGUGGACCAGAAGGACGUGGUGCAUCUGGACAUCAGUAACGCGGCAGGCCUGGGGCAGGUGCUGGAGUUCAUGUACACAGCCAAGCUGAGCCUGAGCUCUGAGAACGUGGACGAUGUGCUGGCCGUGGCCAGCUUCCUGCACAUGCAGGACAUCAUCACGGCCUGCCACGCCCUCAAGUCCCUCACUGAGCCGGCUGCCAGCCCCGGGGACAAUACGGAGGCCUUGGCCACGGAAGGAGAGGACAGGAGGGCCAAAGACAAGAAGGCCGCCGCGGCUGCCGCGCUGAGCGAGCUGGACGCUGCGGGAAGCAGUCCACCUGCGGGCCCAGGCAGGGAGCCCAAGGAGGAGCGAGGUGGUCAGGCCGAGAGCGCGGCCAGUGGUGCAGAGCAGACAGAGAAGGCUGACGCCCCCCGGGAGCCACCGCCAGUAGAGCCCAAGCCCGACCCCACCAGUGGCAUGGCUGCCGCUGAGGCGGAGGCUGUCCUGUCAGAGAGCUCGGAGCAAGAAAUGCAGGUGGAGCCGGCCAGGAAAGGAGAAGAGCAAGAGGAGGAGGACCCUGUGUCUGCUGUGGUCAAGGAAGAGGGGCCGCAGCUGGACAAGGGGGAUGUCCCCGAGGAGAGCGAGGAGUCAGCCAGCACAGACUCGGGCCAGGAGCUGGGCGCAGAGACCCGCGGCCUGCGCCUGGGCUCCUACGGCGACCGCACGGAGUCCAAGGCCUACGGUUCCGUCAUCCACAAAUGCGAGGACUGUGGGAAAGAGUUCACGCACACAGGGAACUUCAAGCGGCACAUCCGCAUCCACACCGGCGAGAAGCCCUUCUCGUGCCGGGAGUGCAGCAAGGCCUUCUCCGACCCGGCGGCCUGCAAGGCCCACGAGAAGACACACAGCCCGCUGAAGCCGUACGGCUGCGAGGAGUGCGGCAAGAGCUACCGGCUCAUCAGCCUGCUGAACCUGCACAAGAAGCGGCACUCGGGCGAGGCACGCUACCGCUGCGAGGACUGCGGCAAGCUCUUCACCACGUCCGGCAACCUCAAGCGGCACCAGCUGGUGCACAGCGGCGAGAAGCCCUACCAGUGCGACUACUGCGGCCGCUCCUUCUCCGACCCCACUUCCAAGAUGCGCCACCUGGAGACCCACGACACCGACAAGGAGCACAAGUGCCCUCACUGCGACAAGAAGUUCAACCAGGUGGGGAACCUGAAGGCCCACCUGAAGAUCCACAUCGCGGAUGGGCCCCUCAAGUGCCGAGAGUGUGGGAAGCAGUUCACCACCUCAGGGAACCUGAAGCGGCACCUCCGGAUCCACAGCGGGGAGAAGCCCUACGUGUGCAUCCACUGCCAGCGGCAGUUUGCUGACCCCGGCGCCCUGCAGCGGCACGUCCGCAUCCACACGGGCGAGAAGCCGUGCCAGUGCGUGAUGUGCGGCAAAGCCUUCACCCAGGCCAGCUCCCUCAUCGCCCACGUGCGCCAGCACACUGGGGAGAAGCCCUACGUCUGCGAGCGCUGCGGCAAGAGAUUCGUCCAGUCCAGCCAGCUGGCCAAUCACAUUCGCCACCAUGACAACAUCCGCCCCCACAAGUGCAGCGUGUGCAGCAAGGCCUUCGUGAACGUGGGAGACUUGUCCAAGCACAUCAUCAUCCACACUGGAGAGAAGCCUUACCUGUGUGACAAGUGCGGUCGUGGCUUCAACCGGGUGGACAACCUUCGUUCCCACGUGAAGACUGUGCACCAGGGCAAGGCAGGCAUCAAAAUCCUGGAGCCAGAGGAGGGUGGCGAGGUCAGCGUAGUCACUGUUGAUGACAUGGUUACGCUGGCCACCGAGGCACUGGCCGCAACGGCCGUCACUCAGCUCACAGUGGUACCAGUGGGGGCUGCCGUGACCGCCGACGAGACGGAGGUUCUUAAAGCCGAGAUCAGCAAAGCUGUGAAGCAAGUGCAGGAAGAAGACCCCAACACCCAUAUCCUCUAUGCCUGCGACUCUUGUGGGGACAAGUUCUUGGAUGCCAACAGCCUGGCCCAGCACGUGCGGAUCCACACAGCACAAGCACUGGUCAUGUUCCAGACAGAUGCGGACUUCUACCAGCAGUAUGGGCCGGGCAGCACGUGGCCGGCCGGACAAGUGUUGCAGGCUGGGGAGCUGGUCUUCCGCCCUCGGGAUGGGGCUGACGGCCAGCCCGCUCUGGCAGAGACACCCCCCACAGCCCCAGAAUGUCCACCGCCUGCCGAGUGAGCAGGCAUCCCUCCUCCUGACUGUUUAUUUAAGGAUGGGUGGCCCCGUUCACUAGAGAGAAUAAAUUUGAUUAUUUUCUAAUGCUGCCUACA